AUGACGAAGAGGAGCGGGAAGAAGCGAAAAAAGAAAGAGGAAAUAUCGGAUGAUACAUCCGAUGAUAUUAAUUUUCUAGGGUCUGACUCGGAAUCGGCACCUGAGGAUGUGGAUAAGUAUAAGGCAUUUCAAAUACCAGAUUAUGUUCGAUUCAUGAGGCGUAUUAAAGGUGAUGAUAACACCUUUACAAUGCAGCCAACUAAAACCGUCUCCAUCACAUUUUCCUGUCCUGUACUUCCUGACACCGUCGACCUGAAUAGCUGGCGCUUUGUGGUGAGGCCUUACAUACCUCCUGUAAAGCAGUGUCUUAAAUGUUUAAGAAACUGUUCGGCAAAUAUUAACGAAGCCAAAUGUUGUCACUGCAAUGGUAAUCAUAUAGCCAUUUCAUCACAGUGUCCUAUUAAGAAAAAGAAAAUAGAGGAGAAUAAAAAUAAAGUACAAAGUUAUGCUGAUAUUGUUAGAGAGAAAUCAUUUCCUCAAUUAGGCAACGGUUCUAAAAACGAAUCGAGAACAUCCUUUGCUCUAUACUUACCAAGUAUCAGAACCGGUCAUGGAACUAGAAUACAUAAAGAAUUUAGUAUUUUUUCAGCAGAAUCUUUGGCUAUUUUAAAUGCACUUUGUUAUAUAAAAGAUGAUAGGGGCAAUUGCAAAAAAUGGUUAAUUGUCACAGACAGUAUGAGUGUUUUAACUGCUCUUCAAAGUAACAAACUACAUUAUAAAACCAAUUAUAUCAUAGAUAGCAUUAAGCAAAUAUUAUAUGAGCUCUCAUUGGAGUGUUAUGAUAUUAUUUUAUUAUGGACACCAUCACAUAUUGGUGUUUUCGGUAAUGAAAACGCAGAUCUCCUGGCAAGAACUAUCACCAACAGUGACAUUGGCGUUGUCAAGGAUGUUGCCAUACCUUAUUCCGACAUUCUUUCUAUAGUUUACAAGAGUUUUCGUCAAAAAUGGAUUGAACAGUGGCAACUUUCGCUAAAGACCAAGGGUAAUUGGUUUUACUCCAUUAACAAAAAUAUUCAUUCCUCACCCUGGUUCACUAAAUCUAGAGUUUAUAAAAACCGGAAAUUUUACACACUCCUUAUACGACUUCGUUUUGGUCACGCUAGAUUCAAUAGUCAUUUGUGCCGAAUGAAAAUAAUUGAUUCAAAUGCAUGUCAAGAGUGCAAUAACAGCAGUCAGACCCUAAAUCACAUAUUUUUCGAAUGUUCCGCUUAUAAUAUUCAACGCUUGGUCUUUAUUGAUAAUUUACUGAACAUUUACAAGAAACCGGAAAAAAUCCCGCGCGACAUCCAAGACAUGCUAACUAAUUUUGAAACAUAUAUACCUAUAUACUUAUACGUUACCUCGAUAUCGAUGAAACUUUAAAUAAUUGAUACAAGG